GAAGAAGCUCGCAGAGCGGCGGGAGAAACAAUCAUGGCGGAGAGGCCCGAAGAUCUGAACCUUCCGAAUGCGGUGAUCACCCGCAUCAUCAAAGAGGCGCUCCCAGAUGGGGUGAACGUGUCCAAAGAAGCUCGCAGAGCCAUCUCCCAGGCAGCCAGCGUCUUCGUGCUGUAUGCCACCUCCUGUGCAAAUAACUUUGCCAUGAAGGCUAAGAGGAAAACUCUGAAUGCAGGAGACGUGCUGGCUGCAAUGGAGGAGAUGGAGUUCCAACGCUUCCUGGAGCCUCUCAGAGAAGCUCUGGAAGUGUACAAGAAGGACCAGAAGGGAAAGAAGGAGGUUUCUGAGCAGAAACGCAAAGAUAAAGAGAAGAAGGUCGACUCUGAGAGCAGCAAGUACAGAGAGGAAGAGGAGGCUGAUGAAGAGGAGGAGGAGGAGCAGCAGCGCAUGGAGGAGGAGCCUGAGGAGGAGGAGGACGUGGAGAACUAGAGCCUCCUGGACUCCAUCAGAGGAGGCCUGAUCAAACCAAACGCUCUUUUGUUUUCACUUCAGCUGAACUUGGUGACUCACAUCAACCAAAGUUAUCCGAAACGAAGAAGUUGCUGCUGAUCAGGUUUUCUGACUGUGGGUUUACAUUUACAGCUUCAUGUUGAAAGAAGAGUGCAUUUUGAGUAAUGAAGGAUGCCACCUCUGAUGCAUUUUCUUCUCCAGCAGCUUUAAGUGAACCUGAACAUUACACGAGUCACUUAGUCGAAGGCGAGGCGUGUUGUGCUCUCCAAACAUCUGUCAACAUUCUCUGCUCCCGCCCAUAACUUGAUCUGCUCAAGAUGAUUUAAUAAAACGUCAUACCCACAUGCAUCACAACUAGACGAGUCACGUCCAGCUUCACGGUCACACGUCAAGGUGUUCUACCAGGACUUGGCUUUUCUGGGCCGUUGCUACAGACCACUGUAUGAUAGUUUGUCGACGGGCGUAUGUGCCGUACGCAGUACUCUUGUUUCUCUGGGGUUUUAUAUCAUUUGUACUUCUACAAACA